GUGCCCGGAGGAGUACGUGGGGGAGUACUGUCAGUUCGCCAACCCCUGCCACAGCGCACCGGGCCCGCGCUGCCAGAACGAGGGCGUCUGCAAGGUGUUGCUAAGUGACGACACGGAACCGCGCUUCCACUGCACGUGCCCGCUCGGUUACACGGCGUCGCUGUGCGAGAUUUCGAUAGACAACGCGUGCGUCGACAACCCGUGUCAGAACUCCGGCACGUGUCGUCUGCUCACGCUGGAAUCGUACAUCUGCGUCUGCGCGACCGGCUACAGAGGUAAGAACUGCGACUUCCCGGACCACUGCGCGCCGCACCCGUGCCGUAACGGCGGCUCGUGUUUCUCGGACGACUACACGGGAACGUUCCGCUGCCAGUGUUCGCCCGGAUUCAAGGGCCGAACGUGCACCGAGGACGUCGACGAGUGCAUGGAGCAGCGUCCGUGCAGGAACGGGGGAACAUGCACCAACCAUGUCGGUCGCUACAUAUGUACCUGCCCGCCGGAGUACACGGGGAAGAACUGUGAGAGCAAGUACAUCCCCUGCAGUCCGUCGCCGUGCAGGAACUAUGGCUCCUGCAUCGUCACCGGCCAGCUGUCGCACCAGUGCCGCUGCCUGCCAGGUUUUACGGGACCGAACUGCGAGGUUAACAUCAACGAUUGUGAACCGAAUCGCUGUCAGAAUGGAGGGCACUGCGUCGAUGGUGUGAACGGAUACACGUGCAAGUGUCCUGACACCUUCACCGGUGAGUACCCUGCUCAUAUAUAUGUACGCACGCACUGCCAGGAGAACAUCGACGAGUGUCGUUCGAGCCCGUGUGAGAACGGCGCCACGUGCACGGACCUCAUCAACGGCUAUCGCUGCGAGUGUCUGGACGGCUGGUACGGGCCGCGCUGCACGAGCGACAAGAACGAGUGCGCAAGCAACCCGUGCGCGAACGGGGGCAGCUGCGAGGAUGAUAAGCAUGGUGUGACGCGGCGCGGUGUGACGUGGCAUGGCGUGACGCAGCAUGGUGUGACGCGGCGCGGCGUGACGUGGCGCGGCGUGAUAUCGCCGUGUCAGAACGGCGGAACCUGCAUCGACGGCGUCGCCGAGUAUCGCUGCAUCUGCGUCGAGGGUUUCGGCGGCGCCCACUGCCAGAUCGACAUCAACGAAUGCGAGUCGGACCCCUGCCUCAACGGCGCCACCUGCCAGGAGUACGUCAACUCGUACGUGUGCACGUGCCCGGCCGGCUUCAGCGGAGUCAACUGCCAGACGAAUGACGACGACUGCACGGAGAGGUCGUGUCUGAACGGGGGAACAUGCUUGGACGACAUCAACACGUAUGCGUGUAACUGCAUGCCCGGUUUCACGGGCGCGUACUGCCAGGACCACAUCAAUGUCUGCGACUCGAACCCGUGCUUCAACGGCGCCACCUGCAUGGAUCACAUCGGCGACUUCACGUGCCAUUGUCCGUACGGCUACACGGGUUCGCUAUGCGAGAACACGGUGGACUGGUGCAACACGCGCAGCCCCGCGUGCUACCAUGGCGCCACCUGUGUACAGGAAAAGAACACGUAUCGGUGCGAGUGCGCGCCGGGAUGGACGGGCAUGAUCUGUGACGUCAGCAUGGUCUCCUGCUAUAAAGCUGCACAGCAGAAAGGAGUGGAGGUGUCUGAGCUGUGUCAGCACGGCGGCACGUGUCUGGACGGGCAGGGCACGCACCACUGCCAGUGCGCGAGCGGCUACACCAGCAGCUACUGCCAGACCGAGAUCGACGAAUGCGCUAGCGCCCCCUGUCAGAACGGAGGCACCUGCAACGACGGCGUCGGCAUGUACAGCUGCGACUGCCAGCCGGGAUUCCAGGGUCUGGACUGCGAGGUUAACAUCAACGAGUGCGCCAGCGCGCCCUGUAGGAACGGCGGAACAUGCAUCGACCGCAUCAACGACUUCAAGUGCGCGUGUCCGAAGGGAACCACGGGUCUGCUGUGUGAGGUCAACCUGCCGGACUGCUUCGAGGGAGCGUGUCACAACGGCGGCUCGUGCAUGGACCAGGUCGGCGGAUUCACGUGCGCGUGUCCGCCUGGUUUCGUCGGCGCCCGGUGCGAGGGAGAUGUCAACGAAUGCCUCGAGGCAAAACGGAACCUGAAGACGCCACCAUAUGUCACGUGGAGGGCACGGGGCGGCAUGGCUGCGGACUGCGUGCAGCUGGUCAACAGCUAUAGCUGCCAGUGUAACUACGGCUGGGAGGGAGAGUUGUGCCAGCGCCGCGUCGACUGGUGCACGCCACGCAACAACCCGUGCCGCAGCGGCGGACGCUGCGUCAACACGCCCGACGGCGGUUACACGUGCCACUGCCCCGAGGGUUUCCACGGUGAGCGAGCUUCACACUCGUCUGUGUGCUCACGUGCGGUACGUGUUCUUGCAGGUUACACGGGGCGAUUCUGCGACCAGGACAUAGACGAGUGCAUGCAGACGUCGCCAUGCCGACACGGAACCUGCAUCAACCUCAACGGCACCUACUCCUGCAUCUGCGACGUCGGCUUCACCGGACGCAACUGCGACACGGACAUCGACGAAUGCCUCUCAUGUUCGGAUCCGUGCGAACACCAGGGAACGUGCGAGAACAUGCCCGGGUCCUUCCGAUGUGUAUGUAACGCCGGCUUCACUGGACCGCGCUGCGAAACUAACAUCAACGAGUGUGAGCGGCGUCCGUGCGUCAACGAGGGCACGUGUCUGGACAAGGAGGGAGGCUACCAGUGCGUGUGCAUGCCCGGGUUCACCGGCGUCCACUGCGAACACAACACCAACGACUGCGUGCCCAACCCGUGCCGCAACGGAGGCAGUUGCCAUGACGACAUCGCCGGAUACAAGUGCUACUGUCCGAGCGGUUUCACGGGCACCAACUGUGAGGUGAACAUAGACGAUUGCCUCGCGCGUCCGUGUCAUAAUGGCGGCUCGUGUUUUGACGCCGUCUCCGGCUACGGAUGCAGCUGCCCGGUAGGAUUCUCGGGGCGGAACUGCGAGAUCAACAUUGACGACUGCGAGAACGUUCGCUGCCAGAAGGGGCGCUGCAUCGAUGACGUCAACGACUUCGAGUGCCGGUGCGACGCGGGUUACACGGGGCGCUACUGCGAGACGGAGAUUAACGAGUGCGACAGCAACCCGUGUCAGUAUGGUGGCACGUGCAUCAACCGCAUCAGCGGCUACACCUGCAGCUGCCCACUUGGAACCAGCGGGAGAAACUGUCAGAUCAACAAGAAUGAGUGUGCGAGUAACCCAUGCCAGCACCGUGGUAAUUGCAUGGAUGGCAUCAACUCCUACGCCUGCGCCUGCUUCCCCGGAUACACAGGCACGCACAUGCCAGGAGAAACAUUGACUGAGAUGUCCAAUCGGGCUUUGUGGUGCUGGUGCGCGGCGGGCACAUUCGCCAUCGGCUGCGAGUACGAGAUCAACGAUGCAAGCCGCAACUCCCGGCGCGAGUGUGAGUACAAGGAGGGAGUGUUCAACCCGUGCGCUAGCAACCCGUGUCAGAAUGCAGCCGACUGCGUGCCGUACAAGAUGGGCUACCAGUGCAACUGUCAGUCGGGCACGGCAGGCCAGCACUGCGAGUACGAUCAGUACGACGACUGCUCAUCCUCACCCUGCCGCAACGGUGGCCAGUGCAUCAACAAAGUCGGUGGAUUCGCGUGCGAGUGUCCGCGCAGCUGGAACGGCGUGCGCUGCGACCAGUACGACCUGGGUUUUAACGGCGGCCUCGGACACAACGUGCCCGUACGCACAGGCAUCACGCCGACCAAUGACGAGAUGCGCUACUGCGAGGAAAACAAGUGCGAGGAGAAGGCCGGCAACGGACGCUGCGACGAGGAGUGUAACACGUACGCGUGUCAGUGGGACAGCCAGGACUGCUCGCUGCACUACGACCCGUGGCAGAACUGUACGCAGGUGGCCGGCGGGCCGCGAUGCUGGGAGGUGUUCGCCGACGGAGUCUGCAACCCGGAGUGCAACAAUCGACACUGCAUGUUCGACGGAUACGACUGCAAUGAGGUCGACCCGUGCAGCCCCAUCAACGACCACUACUGCCUGCGUCACUACGGCAACCGCAUCUGCAACAGCGAGUGUCAGCAGGCGGGCUGCGGCUGGGACGGGCUGGACUGCGACACGGGCGAAGUGUCACUCGUCUCCGGCACGCUCGUCGUCUACCUCCUGCAGCCGCGCGACGCGUUCGAGCGCACCAAGCAGCAGUUUCUGCGCAACGUGAGCAUCGUGCUGCACACGAGCGUGCGUGUGAAGCGAGACGCCGCGGGCCACGAGAUGGUCUACCCGUGGAGCACGGACGAGAUCCAGGACACGGUGUACACGCGGCUUACGCGCCGCCGCCGCCGCUCCUACAUCAUCGGGACCAAGGUGCACCUGGAACUCGACAACCGCAUGUGCGAGGUCGACUUCAAGGACGAGUGCUUCGCGAGCGCCGAGGAAGCCGCCGGCUACCUCGCCGCCGCCUACAGCCGCGAUCCGUCCAACGACGAGCUCGGCAAGCUGUACGCGGUCGGCACGGAGGGGCGACCGACGUCCGCUGCAGCGGCGCCCUCUAACCUCAUCUACGUCUUCAUCGGCGGCACGGUCGUCGUCAUCAUCGUGCUGAUCGUCGGCGUGCUGCUGUCGAGCAAGCGCAAGCGGCAGCGCGGCAUCACGUGGUUCCCCGAGGGGUUCAAGAGGUCGAAGGUCAGCCAGCCGAAGGCGGCGGCGGGGCGCGUGGGGCCGGACGGACAGGAGCUGAGAAAUCCACAAGCACAGCGAUCGAGUCAAGUGGAGGUAGCAGGAAGGAGGGAGAGGAUUCGAUGCCAACCGACAACACGACACUGCUCACAAUUUCCGUCGCCACUGGGGAGUCGGUCCGUGUUCAGAGAGUGGACGAGACAGGGCCUGGAGGCCGACCGCACAAACGGCAUCAAGAAGGGACGGCGUUCCUCCCGCUCGGCCCUGGCAGCGAGCGACUACGUGCGACAGCUGGACCGCGAGCGCAGCCAGUCCUUGACCGCGGGCGGAGCAAAUCCCGCCAAUCCCGCGACCUGCUCGCGCUCACCCCCGCGCACGGUGUCCGCAGCGGCCGACGCCGGGUUCGGGUGUCUCUACGGAGCUGGGCUGCGGGGUGUUGGCGCGCAGGAGCGAACCUCUGACAUCGCCUGCGUCGCAUUUUCGAACGACGGCACCUCGACGCCGAUGAUUACUGGCGCGGGCGCGUCCUACUCGCCGUCGUUGUAUUGUGGCUUCCUGGUUUCGCUAUGUCGGAGCGAGGCUGAAUCGAGGCGCCGACGCUGCGCGACAUCGAACGCCGCGCCGACGACCACGGCAAGACGGCGCUGCACUGCGGCCGCGUCCGCUCAACACCUCGUAUCGUCGCCCGAGGGACGUCACCGACCAGCGGGUUGGAUCGUCUGGUGCGCCGCGCCGAGCGUCGCACACGGAGCCAACCGCGACGUGCAGGACCACAAGGACGAGACUCCGCUGUUUCUCGCUGCGCGCGAGGGCAGCUUCGAGGCGGCGAAGAUCAUGCUCGAUCACUUCGCGAACCCGGAGGUCACCGACCAGAUGGAUCGUCUGCCGCGCGACGUCGCUCACGAGCGUCUGCACCACGACAUCGUCCAGCUCCUCGAGGAGUACGCCGCGCGCAGCCCGCCCGUACAGUCCAUGCUCAACGGCCAGCUGUCUGCCGCCGUCGCCGCCGCCGCCGCCGCGCCAUCCAUCAUGGCCGCCAACGGAGUCUACGCUGCGAUCGGGAAGAGCGGGAAGGCAAAGAAGAGGGUGCAGCGGCAGCACAGCGGGAGACACACGCCUGUGCGCGACACUGGCGCGGCGGCUCCGCGGCCGCCCUCACCCGGCGGCGGCGGCGCGGGGAAGAAGGGGAAGAAGCGGAAGGAUUCGCAGAGCACGACGCUCUCCCCCGGCUCGCUGUCGACGGCGACGCUGUCCCCCCCUAGCCACUACGAGUCAGCGUCGCAGUACGGGUCGCCGGGACACUACGGAUCGCCACUUGCUCCCGCGACGCUCUCUCCCAACACGCUGUCUCCCCCACCGCCGCCGCCACCGCAGCAGCAGCAGCCGGCCUACACGCACUACAGUACGAUACAGGCACUGCAGCAGCAGCAGCCGCAGCAACCCGCCGGCAUGCACAUGAAGGAUUACGACGGUAUCCGAACCCUCAUGCAGCAGCAGCAGCAGCAGCAGCACCAGAUGGCGCCGCAGGGCCACCCCGUGAUGCAUCGCUCCAACUCGCUGCUGCAAGGCGGCGCCGCGAUGCUCGACCUGGGCAUCGUGCAGCAGCAGCCAAUCGCGUCGCAGCCGAUGACGGCGCAGUGGCUCGAUUCGUCGAGCCUCGCCCAGGGCGUCGCGCCGCCGCCGCCGGUGUCGUCGCAGAGCGCUGUCGUCAUGUCGCCGACGCGCAAGAUGUAUCCGACGUCGCCGAUGCACCUGACGGCCAUGCAGAACCAGCACGCGAAGCAGAACCACCAGCAGCAGCCGCAGCAGCAGCACGUUCGCAGCCCCAUGAACUACAGUGCCAACUCGCCCAACUACGCCGACAUGGGCAGCCUAGCGUACACGAACAGCCACGACUCGCAGCAGCAGCAGCAGCAGCAGCAGCAGCAGCAGCAGCAGCAACACUACGGCACCUACGCUCGCAUCGGGCCGGUGGUCGAUAAGUAUCCGACGCCGCCGUCGCAGCACAGCCAGAUGGGCGGCGGCGGCGGCGGUGGCGGUGGUGGCGGAGGCGAGUACACGACCCCGCACCAUCUAUUGGCCCUCGAGCAAUACCCGACGCCAUCGCCCGAAUCGCCCGGCCAAUGGUCGUCGUCCUCCCCGCAUUCCGCGCACUCCGAUUGGUCGGAGGGAAUCUCAAGCCCGCCCACGUCACUGCCGCAGGGGCCGCUGCCGCAUCGAAGUGACAACGGCGUCUACAUAUGAGACGGCGAGGCGGCGCCACCUACGUGUACAUAAGCGAACCGUCAGAGAUGUUAUAUGAAUAUAUUAUAUACGUGCACGUGUGCAAAGACUAACAGCGGCGGAUGUGAGUGAACGUGCCUAAAACUCCCCCUAGUGGCGGGAUUCGAGACUACAGCAACCGAGUCGCGAGACAAACUCGCCGUCUCCCGUCAAACAAGUGAACGCGACAGACUUCGGCGCCAACCGACCGCCGCGGCGAGACGAAUGACGACGAUAAUGUUGUCACGGCGACGUCACGAAACAAUCUUGCAAAGACGCCGGCUUGCGAGUCGCAUCGGGAGACGAGCGGCGACUUCACAAAGCGUGGCGCCAUCUAUGCGUUGGCGCGGCACCGAGCGGCGUGGAGCGUGGUAGGAUAGAGCGGAGCAGUUGGAUCUUAUGGAUUAAAGAUGGCCGCCAACUUUGUCAAGUCACUCUCCUGCGUUGUCGUCGUCGUGAGACGCGGAGAAUGUUUACCACGGCUACCGCCAGGUGUCGCCACCACCGCGUGCAGCGUCAUCGCAGAGUUGUACUGCGCGGUUUCGAUUUUGAGAAUUUUUUAUUUUUAACAUUCCAUUGAAAGUGUAUUUUUUAAACUUCUCAAUUUAGAACAAAAAUGGCGAUUAUUUUACAUAAGUGUGUGUUUUUUUCUCGCGAACGAUUAACAGUGACGAUCCCUAGUGUUGCAACAUCGUCAAACCUUACAUGUUACCCGUUUUUUCUGCGCCUUUUUUCAUUAAAUUACAGGUGCAAUUCUCAUAGGGUCGGUCAAUAUUAUUCGUGUUGUAAUUCACCGUGUUCCGAUUCACUUCGUGUUUAUUUCCCAUCAUCGUUUCUGUGCUGUCACUGAUCCAGUGACAGCAUUCGCUGCCAUAUCCUUCAAACAAGAUUGUAAUUUUCAAACACGCCGUCGAAAAAACGAUAGCCAUUGUUUAUACUCUCUAGGUGAGUCUAUCCUAGCGGGUCUACUGUCUGUCUUGUAAUAAGCAUGUCGCUUUCAUUGACUGCCAACGUCUCAGAGAUGUCCAGUCUGUCUCAUAGAUUAUUAAAUAAGCCGUGUUCAGGCGUGCGUGAGUGCGUGUGCGUGCGUGCGUGCGUGUGUGUGUAUUUGCGCGAGUGCGUAUACGAGUGUGCACGCACCCAUAGGAAUGAUACUGUAGAAAGCUACUAUAGCAACUCGAGUUGCAUUUGUAUAUACUGUUUUUUUCUACUGCCACCAACUUUUUUUACGAUCAUAUUGUACCUGAUGUUUUUAAACGUGCCAUAUUAUUAGGCGCACCCUGCAGAGUGUAAUUAAACUAAUCAGAGUUUUUGAUUAACUUGCGUUAGUUCAUUAAUGAUCACCUGCGUGCGUGUUGUUAAUAUUGUUAUUGUCAGAGAGCUAGUUAUACAGCUAUAUAUAUGUAU